AUGCAGAACAAGACUGUCUACUGUGGGACCGUGCCCGGACCUGCUCUCUAUUUGAAAGAAAACCAGACAACUUGGGUUCGAGUCUACAACGAUUUGCCCGAGGAUAAUACCACAAUGCACUGGCACGGUCUCAGCUCCAUCGCUCCCUACUCUGAUGGAUCUCCUCAGGCUAGCCAAUGGCCCAUCAAAGCUCAACAUUUUUUUGACUACGAAAUUCGACCACGGAUUGGUGACGCCGGAUCGUAUUAUUAUCAUUCUCACGUUGGACUUCAAGCCACUACAGCUGCUGGACCGCUGAUCAUAGAAGAAGCAGACGGUACUAGACCUUACGAAUACGAUGAGGAAAGACUGUUGUUCUUCUCCGAAUUGUAUAAUCAUACGGACAAGGAAACGAUGGAAGGACUUAUUGCUCCGUUGGCGACAUAUUUGUGGGCUGGAGACGCGGAGUCAUUACUUGUAAAUGGGAAUAGCUUCCCAGCGCUGCCAUGGAACGAGACGGACUCUCCAUUGCCCGCUGCAAAUGCAACAGUUUCCGACACAAACGCGACAUGUCAUCCAGAUAUCAUCCAUGUCGAACCGAAUAGAACCUACCGUUUCAGAGCCUUUGGAGCAGGCUCAUUGGGCACGUAUGUUUUCGCUUUUGAAGAUCACAACAACCUCACUAUUGUUGCUGCGGACGCCUCUUACACACAAUCAUUCAACGCAGACAAAAUACUGUUCACAACUGGCCAACGAUAUGACUUUUUGGUGCACACAAAAACAGAAGAAGAAUUAAAAAUGCUGGGUAAAACAGAAUUCUGGAUACAAAUCGAACUGAGAAACCGGCCCAUAAAUGCCACUUAUUACGCAGUUCUGUCAUAUACCUCGACAAACGCCAGCACUAUACCCAACACACCACCUGAUCAAAAGCCUGUUCAGGGAAUUACGGCCGAUUUACGGAACUUUAUGGAGUAUACCUUAGAGCCCUUGCUGCCAAACGGAUUUCCAAGCUCGGAUCAAGUGACGCGCCAAGUCUACAUCACUCAACAACAACUGACCGUCACUGCUGGUCAAUUCCUGGCUCUCAAUAAUCACACAUGGACGGAGACCAAUCAGCAUGAGAAUGACACCCCAUUCAACAAUACAAUUCCUGUAUACGACGUACCAUACCUUGUUGAUAUUUAUAAUCGAGGCGAACAAGCCAUUCCGAAUUAUGAGAAUGCGCUUCGGCAUGGUGGCUGGGAUCCCGAGCUCAACGUCUAUCCAGCAAAACUUGGCGAAGUGAUAGACAUCAUAAUACAAUAUGAUGCAAUCGGUGCUCAUGCUCCCAAUGAUGCUCAUCCUUUUCACCUGCACGGAACCCACUACUGGGACUUGGGUUGUGGUCCAGGAACUUACAAUGCCACAGCCAACGAAGCAAAGCUUCAGGGCUAUAAUCCAGUUCUUAGAGAUACUACCGCUUUGUACCGAUUUGAUGAUCCUAAUAAUGCUACAAUUCAAGGAUGGCGAGCCUGGAGGUUGAAAGCAACAGGCCCAGGCGUUUGGAUGCUACAUUGUCAUAUCCUACAACACAUGAUAUUGGGAAUGCAAGCUGUAUGGUUUACUGGCAAUGCAGCCGAAAUUACUCAGGGUACAGCACCUGGCUUAGUUGCUGGCUACUUGACAUACGGUGGAGAUGCUUAUGGAAAUGCCACCCAUGAUCCUCUUGUGACUCACUUCUAUGAAUGA